AUGCUCAAGUUUUUCGGCUUGCCGUUUGAUAUCGGCUUGGUGAUAGGUUUCUCGCCGUUUGUCCUCCGCCGCUUUGGCGAGGAACUCUGCCCCAAUAUCGCUGUCGUCCCAGUCGGCUUCCGCCGCUAUCGAAAGGAAGCCCGUGUCAAUAUCGGGGCUAUCCCACUCAACGUGGUCGUGGUCGGCUGCAUUAGGGUGAGGCAUAUUUUCCAUUUCCCUGGAAGAGCCGAUAGCUUCGGAGGGAAAUAA